CCUCACCCCUGUCAGUUCACGAGUCUGCUCUCUCUCUUUCUGUGAUCAUCUCCGGCGACGGCAGCCAUAUGCAGCGGCGAAGGUGACCAUAUCCGACAGCGGCGACGCUCUCUGUGAACGACCCUUAGUCUCGAGUCGACUCUCACCUCGCCGAAUCUCUUCAUCCGUGACUCUAGGUGGGGAUUUAGCGAAUAGCCCAGAGCAAUGUUGCGAAGAAACAUUCGGCUGAGGAGGGAGUAUUUGUACAGAAAGAGUUUAGAAGGCAAGGAGCGUUUGCUUUAUGAGAAGAAGCGGAAGAUUAGAGAAGCCCUUGAAGAGGGAAAACCUAUUCCUACUGAGCUUCGGAAUGAGGAGGCAGCGCUUCGUAAAGAAAUUGAACUCGAGGAUGAUAAUACAGCAGUCCCGAGGACCCACAUUGAUGAUGAGUAUGCAAAUACUUCCGAAGUUGAUCCAAAAAUUUUGAUAACUACAUCUCGGGAUCCAAGUGCACCUUUGACACAGUUUGCAAAGGAAUUAAAAAUUGUGUUUCCCAAUGCUCAACGAAUGAAUCGUGGUGGUCAGGUUAUCUCAGAGAUUAUAGAGACCUGUCGUGCUCACGAGUUCACUGACGUUAUUUUAGUUCAUGAACAUCGUGGUGUGCCAGAUGGUUUAAUUGUCAGCCAUUUACCUUUUGGUCCAACUGCAUAUUUCGGAUUGUUGAAUGUGGUGACGAGACAUGAAAUUAAGGACAAAAAGGCUAUGGGAACAAUGCCUGAGGCCUAUCCGCACAUAAUUUUGAACAAUUUUACCACAAAGUUGGGUGAAAGGACAGCCAACAUCUUAAAGCAUCUAUUUCCUGUGCCGAAGCCAGAUACUAAACGUGUGAUUACUUUUGCCAAUCAGUCUGAUUAUAUUUCAUUCAGGCAUCAUAUUUAUGAGAAGCAAGGGGGUGUUAAAUCAAUUGAGCUGAAGGAGAUCGGUCCUCGGUUUGAAUUGCGAUUGUAUCAGAUCAAGUUAGGAACUGUUGAUCAAACGGAAGCUCAGAAUGAAUGGGUGAUUAGGCCAUACAUGAAAACAACCAAGAAACGCAAGUUUCUUGGUGAUUGAGAAACAGCUAAAGUAAGCAGCUUAUUUUCUUUUGCACAAUCACAUUGUUUUUCUAAAGGUUAUAUUUUGUUGGGUUGGCAAUGCCAAAUUUUCUCUAGAUUAUUGACAGAUUUAGCUGAAUCUUUAUAUUAGAAGUCAGUUUUCUUGGUGGAGAAGUAAAAGGGAACGAGUCUGACUUUUUGUAUUCUUCACGUCCUAGAUUACGUUUGAAAAACAUGAAAGUUGGUGAAGGAUUAAACAAAACACAGAAUGAGAAUGAGAAUUAUCAUUCGAAAAUACCAAAUGAAUGAUUAGAUUGGGUGAAGCCUCCAUACUUACCCGUGUA